GGGAAAACUGGUAUCUUGUCUGUACAGUACUCGGCCGGUAUGACUGAUUCUCAUUAGAUUUUGUUUCUUCUCAUUGUUUUGUCUUCAUUCCCUUUUUACCUUCCCAAUCCAAAGAUGGAAACAGCAGGCUUCACGUGUGCCUCUCAUGACCUUGAGGCCUUGCAGCGUCGCGCCGCCGCUACAUAUACAAGCUUGGAUACAAGGCAAAGGUAUUACACUGUGGCAGAGUUGAGUCAGUACCAAGCACAGGAAAGGAAACGGAAGGUGGUUCAGAAUCUGGGCUUAGAGGCAUUGGGUGCAACACCAGAGUCUGAUGACCUUCAGAACUUCAGCCGCGAACCUUCAACGUCAACGCCGUCGCGCAAUCACGCCUGUCUUUCCUCCGUCUGUGGCGGCUGCAUCUGCGCCACUCAGCACACAGGUUCUAGCUGUUUUCCUUCUCUUUCCUAUCGCGCAAGUUUGGCAGAAGUUUGUCACACCGAAGGACUCGCGCUGCGCGGAACGCUGCCACCCUCACCUAGAAUAAAUGAUGGCUCUGAGGAUGCGGUGCUGGAUGCGCCGGGACUUCUGUGGAGUCUUGUGCCGCAGCAUUUACUGAUGCCGUUGAUACAAACUCCACAUGACGCAGAGCGCAUGCUGGCGCGGUUACAAGAGGAAGAACGACUGCUGCGGCAGCACGCAUGGUAG